AUGGACAACCCCUCCCUUAGGGACUUCCAAGGGGGCGAAGGCACUUAUGUUGCUGAUGCACUGGAGAGGACCCUGCUGCUUCCCACCGACAUGGCCGAGCUGGGGAACUUGAGGAGGCAGGAGGCUGUCCAGGUCACCUAUAGGCUAGAAAAGGACGUUAAGGAGCAGAGCAGGUCUCUGGAGCUCGAGCGUGACAAGCGCUUGGAUGCUACGCGGAUCCUCAAAAACUCUGAGGUUGAUCUCUUGAAGGCCAGGGAGGAGUUGAAGGAGAUGACCAGGGCCAGGGACAGCACUGAAGCAGGCCUGGCUGGCGCUCAAAAGCAGGUCGAGGACCAGACGAGGCACUUACUCGAAGCCGAGGACCAAUUAAAGAUUGCCAAUGAGCAGAUCAAUGAUUUAAAGAAGAAACUGUCUGAGGCAGAGGGGGUUAAGAGCGUCGCGGAAUGGGCCCAAGAUGAAGCCUUGAGGGCUAAGAUAGAGAUGAAAUUCGCCAGGAUGGAGGCCAAGAGCUCUAAGGAGAAAGCCGAGGAGGAGGCCUAUGACCUGGGAAUGGCCAAGACCCAGGCCACUCUCAAGGCUCAAGUCCCUGGAGUAUGCAGGCUCUACUACUCCCAAGUUUGGAAUAAAGUCCUCAAACAAGCUGGGGUUGAGGCUUCAUCCGAUCUAUGGAAGGUGGGGAAUGUAUACUACCCUUCGGCCAUCCGGGAAACUGCCUCUGCCAACUCCGAGGCUGAGAGUGCUCUUGAGGAGGCUGAGGCUGCUCGGCCUGAGGCUGCUCUAGCCAUAACUACUCCCAAAGAGCCAACCGAGGGGGGUGAGCUUCCUGAGGCAGCUGAAACACUUGGAGAUCCGAAUCCUGAAGCGCCCCAGGAGGUUACAGAGUCUGCAACCAAUGCUCAGGCCUCUCAUGCCAAGGAGCCAGCUCUUGGUUCAGCCCCUUCAGGUCGUUCCCCCGGGUGA